UCACAGGGAAGCAUGGCUGCGGAGUUGUGGAACAGGGUAAACAUCCCCAUCCCCAGCGCGGUCUGUUGUGUCCGUAUUCAGUUCAGCUCAAACACUGUGUUUUUACUGUUGCUACAGAUGCUAAAAUCAAAACAUUGAUGGCGGAAAUCGAUAAGGUUCUCAAACUGACUGGGAGUGAGGUUCUUCAGACUGAGGUCAGAGUUCUCUACAAGUUACUGUACGUCCUUAACAACAGUUUCAGGGGCAACAAGACGUUUAAAGGCUUACAGCAGGUUAAACAAUGCGUCAGCAGACUGGAGAAGAUGAAUCUGGAAGUUUCUCUUAAGGAGCUGAAGGAGCUGUGUCCCCCUAGAGUUCAGCGACAACUUGGCAUCAAGACUGGGGAGUGUGAAGUUCCCAGUCAGCCCAUGCUGGAGUGGCUUUGCCUCAAAGUUCUUGGCGCCACCCAGCUGAUGUGCUGCACACUGAAUCGCUGCAGUAGAGCUUUCAUACUCUCAAAACAGCAGAUGAAAUGGGAAGAGUUUCUUAUCUUGAACAUCGUGAUAAGUAGCAUGCUCAGUCGUCUCUGGGUUAUGUUCCGCGGGGUCCUGUGCUGCCUAUCUACUCUGUACCAGGCGCUCCUGGAGAUCCUCAAAGAUGUGGCCAAGGCCCAACCCAUGCCGUUCCUCACAAACUUCUCCCUGCCAGCAGAUGUGGCUCUCUUCCUGGAUCCGUCUGAUGCGCUCUUACUGACCAAGCAGUCAGCUCAUGACCCUGAAGUCAAACAGCAGAGGAAGAAGAUGCCAUCUGUUUUAGUCAAGAACCAGAGGCAGACAAAGAAGGUUAAAGAAGACCUGGGUAUAGCUGUUGACAGAGGUUCAGUUGCUGACACUGACAUGAAACCAUUUCUCAAGAUUUUUAAUAACUUCCCAAAGGACAAGUCCCUCCAGCUAAAAAGGCAAAAAGCUGAAAGGAAACAGAAGUUCAUAAAACAGCUGAGAAAGGCUACGACCUUCACAGACAUGGAGAGCUGUCUAACAAAGAUGAUCCAGUGGUGCAGAUCUCAAAGGAUGAAAAAGGAAAGAUGCCUCUUAACCUUCCUGCAUUUGAAAUGCAAAAGGAUGAAAGGCCUGGAAACAGCAGGUUACAAAAUCCACAAAAGGUUCAACAACCUCAGAAAGGAAGCUUACUGGGCUUUUUCUCCUCAAGGGUCAGUGCCAAAGUCCUGCCGGUCUUCUGCUGCAAUGCUAGGAAAUGUUCGCCUGAGAACUCCUUUUCAUUUGUUAAGAGGUCAAAUGAAGUCUUCUGCAGUUAGAUGUGGUAUGAAAACGAAAUGGAUGAAGAAAAGAAGGAAGAGGACUGAGAUCCUAGAGUCUGGGCUCCCAGGAGACAACCAAAGAAACAGGAAAACAAAUGAACAGACACUUCAUACCAAAGAAAAUGAUGACAUAGAUGAUAUAUUUGCCUCUUUUGGUUUGUGAUGCAUUCGAUUCUGCCACAUUUGAAGAAAUAAAGCUGCUGAACUCAAGAGUA